AUGUCGGAAUCUCAUUCAUUCAGAGGCGAACUUUCAACAGAGGGUAUGCCACUCCUUGAGGAGCGGCCCUCUCUCGAGGCAGUAUCCUCCUCUGAAGUUAUACGCCAAAAUGGAAGCGCGAGCAAAUCUGACCCUGGCGCUCUGCAUAUCCAGCGUACUAUGUGUGGUGGUGGCGACGCUUUCCUAGACGGCGAAGCGUCUCCAAGCGACACAGCAUCUGACGGCUAUCCUGAUAGCUAUUCUGUUUCAAUUUGCACAGGGACGCAAGGGGAUGAAACACGAGGGAUGUUCACAAAUAGUGAUUCCUGUUCAGACAGCGGGGAGUCCCAGGGUGACAAGUCAUCUGAGGCCCCUCGUAGGGCUGUGACAACAGCUUACACUCCCCAAAUCGGACAACCCCCUGUUCCGGGUCAAAGAGAGGCAAGAGCAGGUUAUGCCACCUCAGCAGAGACCGCAGAAAGGGGAGGCAAUAACGAAAAGAUGGCAGUUGGCCAUAAUUGCCCUUCGUCGUCGGUAUUCACGAUCAUAUUGCUACUUAUAGCAUUCACAUUGGGCGGGGCCCUUGUCGCAAAUGGCAGUAAAGAGUGUAAGAGCAGUUACCCUGGAAUUGUAUAUUCACCUGCCCGGGCUGCAGUCGAAUUCCAGCCGGUUCGUUUCGACGGCGACGUUAGAACGACUAAUAUAUUCAAGGGAGCCCCAAGCAAGGCCCAAGAUGAAGCAUGGAAACAUCUAUAUGAUGUCGACAAAACGGAGUUAAAGGCAAUCGGAAAGGAAAGCAUCGAGGUGCCAUCACGCCCGGGCAAGUAUCUAGCCAAGCUGGCGGUGUUCCAUCAGCUCCAUUGCUUGGACUAUGUACGUCGAUACGUGCAUAAUGAGUAUUACCACGUUGACGAUAGCCACGCCACCGUUUCCGCGCUUGAGCAUGCUGAUCAUUGUAUCGAUAUUAUCCGCCAGGCCUUGUCAUGUUCAGCAGAUCCCACGCUCAUUACCUUUAAGCCGAAUGACCCAUUCGAGCCUGUGGAGGCUGAUUUCAGCGCGACUCAUGCUUGCACUAACUUCGACAAGGUGCACGACUGGGCGACAAGCCGAGCAAUCAACAUGACGGAAGAGAUUAUGCGUCACCCCAUAGCAUACAAGAAUUCGUUGAUAGAUUCGCUCAACAACCACCAGAACGCGAGUCCCAAGAUGUGA